AUGGCGCCUCGUCUGACCUACCGCCGACGCAACCACUACGCCACCGGCUCCAACCGAGUGCGCCGCGUGCGUACUCCGGGAGCCCGAGUUGUUUUCCACAAUGUGGGCAAGCAGCCGUCGCGCCCCAAGUGUGGCAACUGUCACCGUGUUCUACCCGGGAUCCCCGCCGUGGCGCCGCAUAAGAUGAAGCUCUUGAAGAAGAGAGAGAGAACUGUCCACCGUGCAUAUGGAGGCAGCCGAUGCCACACCUGCGUUCGUGAGAGGAUUGUCCGUGCUUUCCUUGUUGAGGAGCAGAAGUGCGUCAAGCAGGUGUUGCAAGUUAAGGAGAAGCAGAAGAAGGACGAGAUGAAGGCGGAAUCCAAGAAGUCAAAGCAGAAGAAGAGCACUAAGACCACCAAGGCUUGA